CCCUCCCCCACAGUCCGGGCGGCUCCGACGCUGUCGCCAUCCGCGCCCUCCCCUGCGCGGGGCUCCGGCCACGCUGCUGCUGGCGCUGCCUCCGGCCGAGCGGGGGGAGGCGGCGGCUCCGGCUCCAGCUCCCGUCUGCAUCGCCGUCCGUGGGGCAGCUCGAUUCUGAAGACGAGCUGCUGCAUCAUUAAUCUGAGGAAGGGAGUUCUCUGUUAAGACUGCAAGGAGACAAGACCAACUGAGUGGACAUUAAAUCACUUAAAACUUUGAAGAUGGUAGUAAUCUGCAGAAUGAUCAGUGACAAGCUCUGGGUUUCCUGUACUGUAAUCAAGCAGAAUUCAGUGUCAAGUUCUUCCAAAACACCCUCCCUUUAUAUGCAGUAGUCCUACUGCAGCAGUCAGUAGAGUAAGUUUAAAAAGAAACUGGAGACCAAGAAAAGAGUGCAGCACUGGCUGUAGGUACCUUAACAUGGGGAACCUUCUAAAAGUUUUGACAUGCACAGACCUUGAGCAGGGGCCAAAUUUUUUCCUUGAUUUUGAAAAUGCCCAACCUACAGAAUCUGAAAAGGAAAUUUAUAAUCAGGUGAAUGUAGUGUUAAAGGAUGCAGAAGGAAUACUGGAAGACUUGCAGUCAUAUAGAGGAGCUGGCCAUGAGAUACGAGAGGCAAUUCAGCAUCCUAAUGAUGAGAAGCUGCAAGAGAAAGCAUGGGGUGCAGUUGUACCACUAGUAGGCAAACUAAAGAAAUUCUAUGAAUUUUCUCAAAGACUAGAGGCAGGACUGCGUGGUCUGUUGGGAGCCCUGACCAGCACUCCUUAUUCUCCAACGCAACACCUGGAGCGAGAGCAGGCUCUUGCUAAGCAGUUUGCAGAAAUUCUUCACUUUACACUCCGUUUUGAUGAGCUCAAGAUGACAAAUCCUGCUAUACAGAAUGACUUCAGCUACUAUAGAAGAACCCUGAGCCGUAUGAGGAUUAACAAUGUCCCAGCAGAGGGAGAAAAUGAAGUAAAUAAUGAGUUGGCAAACAGAAUGUCUUUAUUUUACGCAGAAGCAACGCCAAUGUUGAAAACCUUAAGUGAUGCUACAACAAAGUUUGUGUCAGAGAAUAAAAAUUUACCGAUAGAAAAUACUACAGAUUGCUUAAGCACCAUGGCCAGUGUGUGCAGGGUCAUGCUGGAAACCCCUGAAUAUAGAAGCAGGUUUACAAAUGAGGAAACGGUAUCGUUCUGUCUGAGGGUAAUGGUGGGGGUCAUCAUACUCUAUGACCACGUGCAUCCGGUGGGCGCUUUUGCCAAAACUUCAAAAAUUGAUAUGAAAGGAUGCAUCAAAGUUCUUAAGGACCAGCCUCCUAACAGUGUAGAAGGCCUUCUAAAUGCUCUCAGGUACACAACAAAGCAUUUGAAUGAUGAGACUACCUCCAAGCAAAUUAAAUCCAUGUUGCAAUAACAGUUACCUGGAAUUCGCACCUGCUGUAGACAGACAGUAUUCUGCAAUGACUGAGAUGCACAGAUUAUUUUGUUUUUUUAGUGAUUGCAACUACUAUCUCCCUCAUUCUUGCUUUUUAUUUUCUCUCUUCCUGUUUACCCUUUUUUUUUUUUUUUUUUUUUAAUCACUUUCUUGUUCUUAAGUAAGCUCAGACUUCUUUUCUGUGCCAAAUCAAUGAAAAUUUUCAGUUCUGGAAAGUAUUUCUACUUUUCAGAAUAGCCAUCCUAAGUGGCAGCUAAUUAUGCGUUGCAUUUGGAUUUCUCUGUACUGGGGAAAGAUUUGUGACUUGAACUAAAUAUUUUUAAACUUGUGGGUUUUUUCUUUUUUUGAAAAACUAAUAUUUAAUAUUGCUUCUUCUGCAUGGCAAGACUGCCUACUUCUGCUAUUUAAAAAUCCCUUGAUGAGUUCAUUUUCUGUUGCAGCUUAUUUUCAUGUGGAACCAUGAGGAAACUAAAAGCAGAUUUGUUUAAAUUAACUGUGUUUGUACAAAAUGGUACCCAACACAAAGGUUUUUUUAAAUGAGUAAAAACUGUUUUGUUUAAAAGUUACGUUUGCAUUUUGACUCAUUUUUGUAAGGAUGUAUGUUGUAUGUUUAACCUUAAAUAACUAACGUUAAACUGUGGUGUGUGCGUAGCAAAAUUACGUAUGCAUGUUCAUGUCAAAUGAUUGGCUGUGGAUAAGAUAAUAAAAUCAGCUUUCAUUUUUCUAAGUGUGGUUUGAUUUACCAGUAUUUUGAGUGAGAUGUCUUCGUGCUCUUUGAAUUUUUACAAAAAUAAAUUUAUAAAUUUUAUAUAGU